CGCAGGUGCGCGCGGGGCGGGGCGGGGCCGGGGCCGGGCCGGUUGGCGGCGACCUUGUCCGCGGGAUGAGCGCGGCCUGGCGGGCCCUGCGCGCGCUGCGCCUGCGGCUCCUCGGGCCCGGCAAGGAGCUGGUGGGUACCGACCAGUUCGGCAACAAGUACUUCCGGGUGCCGCAGCACGAGACCCGCGCAGGGCAGAUUAUACCUGAAAGAAGAUUUGUAGAAGCAGUAAAUCGUCAAGCAUACCAGUAUGAAAUGGGCGACUUUCCAAUAGAAUGGGAAGCAUGGAUAAGGAAAAAAAGAAAGGAUCCACCCACCAUUGAGGAGAUUCUUAGGAAUGAAAAUUAUAGAGAAGAAAUGAAACAGAAAAUCAAAGAUGUAGCCGAAAAGGAUAAGCUGCUUCAGGCCAAGGAAUACAAGGAGGGACUUGUUGCCGAACCAGUUCAUACUCAAAUUAAAGGCCACGCAUCAGCCCCUUACUAUGGAAAGAAAGAGCCUUCACAAGAUCCAACAAGCACCGCGAGUACCUUUCAGCCAGGCUCCUGGAUGCCACCAGGCAGUGAGAGUAGUCAUAAUAAAUAAACAAUUGUACAGGUAUUCAUAUGGAUAAAUAUUGUAAUAGACAACACAAAUAGCUGCUCUAUGUAAGCAAUAAAGUAAUACUGAAGCAGUUUCAUUUAUUUUUGUAGAACUGUUCAAAUACAUUUAAUCAUGACAAACAGCUGUAGAAUAUUUGGCUUUAGUGAAAAACAGCAUGUCUGUCUUAGUGGAUUUUUUUCAACAGUUGCUGUUCAUCAGUUACUCAUGACAUCAUAGGUAGGUUUUCUAGCUAACUUUUCUUCUUUUAUUUUUCUUUUGUGUAAUAAAUUUUAAUCAGUGCACUUAAAUUUUCCCAAACCUAGGCAUCAGUUUAAGGUAGUUCUUUGGAAUGUUUGUUAAUGCCCUUGGCAGUGCCACUGUGCUUUCCUCUGGUGUGUGGAUGAAAAAGUUGAUUUCAUUAAGAGGAGUCACUGUGACACUACACUGACUAUGCACUGUAUUAAUUUUACAAAACAUUAUUUAACUUAGUUUAAAAAAACCAACGUAUUUGAGUUACACUUAAUUUGCAGUCAGCAGUACACACAGGAUAAAAUCAGGCUGAGUUAAACUAUGUAUAACUACUGUAACAGAGGUGAGAAGCACUUGGUGAACUGCUGUAAAAUAACACAGGGUUUGGGACAAGUGGCUGCCAUUAAAAUUUAAAAAAAUGAAUUUGUUUUUAUUUCUGGUGUGUGCAGAGACUUCCCUAAAUGAUCACAUCUAUUUGGCCAUAGUUUAGAUACAUAAAAUGUGCAGAUUCUAUGCUUAGAGCUGAUCUUUGAGAACUUCAAGUCAAAAUAAAGAUCACACAAUCUUUUGAAAAAA